UGGAGCUGUUUCCGGCCACCUCAGCGGGAAGCGGAGACGCCAGCAGCUAGCUGUCGGGGAGCCGAGCGGGAGGUGUGACUGGCCACCGCGGGAGAAGGCAGGGCAGUGACUGCGGCGGCCGCGUCUCCAUAGCCUGGGAAGAUGGUGCUGCUGACAAUGAUCGCCCGCGUGGCGGACGGGCUUCCGCUGGCCGCCUCGAUGCAGGAGGACGAACAGUCAGGCCGAGACCUCCAGCAGUAUCAGAGCCAGGCUAAGCAACUCUUUCGAAAGUUGAAUGACCAGUCCCCUACCAGAUGUACCUUGGAAGCAGGAGCCAUGACUUUUCACUACAUUAUUGAGCAGGGGGUGUGUUACUUGGUCUUGUGUGAAGCUGCUUUCCCUAAGAAGUUGGCCUUUGCCUACCUGGAAGACUUGCACUCCGAAUUUGAUGAGCAGCAUGGGAAGAAGGUGCCCACCGUGUCCAGGCCCUAUUCCUUCAUCGAGUUUGAUACCUUCAUUCAGAAAACCAAGAAACUCUACAUUGAUAGUCGUGCUCGGAGAAAUCUAGGCUCCAUCAACACUGAAUUGCAAGAUGUGCAGAGGAUCAUGGUUGCCAACAUUGAAGAAGUCUUGCAGCGGGGAGAAGCACUCUCAGUGAACAUGCGUUCCACGUACGCCAAACUUGCGGCAGUAGCUGUAUUUUUCAUCAUGCUGAUAGUGUAUGUGCGGUUUUGGUGGCUGUGAGGUGGAGCGAGCCUAGUCACUGGGAAGGGAGAACCUAGAACCCAGCAGGUGUGUGUUUUCAGGGAACUGAGCUCACAGGGCUGUGUAUUAGAAUCCAGUGGAACUUCUGCCUCUAAAGACCUUGCAAGAAAAGACCUGUCCUGAAAACGAAAGAUGCCGCCUUGUUUAAGGAAGCUUAACCCAUGUGGAAGUCUCUUUGGGGGCAGGGACUUCCUCUGGGGCUAAGCCAGAUGUAUUAGGGAACAGUAGAUUGUUGGUUUUGUUUCUUUCCCUCCAAGUACAUUUGUAAGACAGAAGAACUGGGCGUUCUCUCUCUGAUGGAGCCAUCAGUGACAUUUAAGGUAGCCAACCCAUGUUAGCAACACCCUGAAAUUCCCUCCAAAGAAGGCUCACUUUAAUCGACAUUCCUUUGUUGGUGACAUUUGUGGUUGACUUUCAAGUGAGACUCGAAGUAUGUGAAGGUUGAUUGCUUUGAUGCACAGGUCCUGUGCGUUGGCCACUGUAGGAAGUUGACCUUCGUUUAUUCUCUUUUUGUAUUUUGCUUAUUGCACAGUUGCUUUGGGGUUAAAUCAGUUAUAUUAAUACGCCUUGAAAUUACAUAGCAUUGCUUGACUAAAAGGCUGGAAUUUUCCCGUCAUUUACUCUUUUUGUUUCUUAUUUGUUUUUAUUCUAUUUUAAUUUUUGUUUUGUUGAGACAGGGUCUCUCUAACCUCAGCUGUCUUGGAACUCAUGUAGACCAGGCCGGCCUUGAGUUCACAGAGAUCCGCCUUCCUCUUCAUUUACUCUUUAAGACUCAAAAGACCCUCUCGGGACAUAAUUGUUUUGGAGUGUGUGAUCUCCAUAGAGUGAGUGUAGGGUAGGGUAGUCAGAGGCUCUGUUUCAUGAGAAGAAAGGCCCAGCCCAGAACUCCAGCUUUGUCCUGCCCCUGACUUCCACUUUGUCCUCUAUACUUUUCCCCAUUCUUGGUUUUCUUUCCAUCAUAAUUUGCUUAAAUUCCUAGUUUCAUCCCAUAAAUAUCCUGUCAGGAUAUUCCCAAAUUUCAAAAUGUGACAGACUCAGCAGUGUGGUUAGUUAAAUGUAUCAUCAUUGCCGAUCAGCUACUCACUCACACAUAAAUACCCAAGUACAUUAUAGAGACUGUCUCUGAGAGCCCCUCAUUCCUCUUUCCGUUCUUGUAAAUUCUGCAAGAAUGUUCUAGGGACAGAGAACUCAUAACAAUGACUUCUAUUAACCAAUGAAAGUACAUAAAACUUCUUCCCCUUUUUGCUCAGGGAUAAUGGGGAUCUCACCUUUUACCUUCUGAGGUAGUGUUUUAUAAGUGGGGAGAAUAGGCCUUUUGAAUAUAAUCACAAGGGUCUACAAUAUAACCUACAACUUCUGCAGAUACUGCAAACAUUUCUUUAAAUUGUACUGGAAAAUGAGCCAACUUCUUAUUUCGUAACAUCUUUGGAAAGACUUUUAGUAAGCAGUUUUAUAACCCUAGAGAUCAUCACCGCUGCCCUAUUCCUGGUGGAGGACAACAGUCUCCCUUAUGAGAAGGCCGGUAGGGAUGCUUAUUGUAUUCCUGAUAAUUACAGAACUAGAAUAAAUGUCUUCUAUUAUGAACGUAAAUCUGCCAAUUAGAGUUUUGUGCAUGAAAUACAAAUGACUUUUUGUAGAGAAUAAGUGCUUUUAAUUCCCUAAAAGGCUUAUCCCAUAAAUAAUGAUAUUGGCAAUACAGGCCUUUGGAAGACUGAAAACCUAAGUAGUUGCACCAUAGUGUUUGGUGCUUGUCUGAGAAUGGAGGGUGGCAGCUCAUUGUUGAGAGUUGCAUGCUGCAACCUAAUGGUCAGCAAUGAAAUAAAUACUUCUAGAAUGUU